CCACCUAAAUAUCUAAAUCCAUUUUUUCUUAAAUCCAAAAUUUACAAAUCCAUAAUCUUUCUCUUCUUCCCAAAAACAGCUUUGAGCUUUCUCUCAGAUCAUCACAUUUUACCUACAAUGGCUACAAUCAUCGCCUGCUCCGCUCUUUCCUCGAUCCGAGCAUCUUCCGAAACCGGAUCUACCAAAUCGGAUCCGAGCCGUAAGAAACCCGUUUCAUCUGUUUCAUGGUGGGCUCCUCUUUUUGGCAUGUCAUCGGAACCUGAUUACGUCAACAAGAACAUCUCCUCCUCCGUGAAUCUUGAAUCAGAUCUGGAUAAAACUGACAAGAGGUCUCUGCGAUGUUGUCUCACGGAGGAGAAAGCUAAGCAGCUGCGGAGGAAAACCGCCGAAGCUUCCACGUUUCACGACGUUAUGUACCAUUCUGCGAUCGCGUCGCGUCUCGCGUCUGACGUGCGGGUUAAGGAGUAACUGGAUCGGGUCACGGAUCCUCCGAUCUAGAAAUAAUCAAUAAUUCGUCGAACUUUUUUUCCGAUGAUACUCAAGAACCGUUUAAUUGUGCGUCGUCGUUUUAUGUUUGUACGGUCUGGAUCUUAUGCGAUGUUGCUUUCUUGUAAACGAACCGUUGGAUCAUUAAUUAGUUGUAGCUUUUUAUUUUUUCACCAAAGAUGUAUGUAAUGCUAACCGUUGGAUCGGUAGAUAAACUUUUAGACAAGUG